AUGGCGGGGGCUGGGGGUUUGAGAGAUGGCAGAGGGUUGGAGGUCUCGCACAGGAGCCUAUGCCAGAUGUGCCUCCACGCCGCCCGACCCCACGCCGCGUACAAUGGCUGUCUGGGGCUUCCGGGGGACCCCCCGAUGUGUCUGUUCUCACCUGACUGCGUCCUUACUUUUCCACAGAACUUGGCCUCUCAGCGUUCAUGCUGGGCGGUGGCGCUGAACCAGGUUGAUCUGUGGGCGUCCCGCUCUAACCUGCUGGUGGCUGGGUACUACCAAGCCAAUGCCGGGCUGGAUGACAUGAGCCCCACCCCCCUGGCUCUGAAGAUGGCUGGACGCCUGGCCGAGUUCUUUGAGGGUGCUGUAUUGAUCAUGCUGGAUAACCAGAAACUGACUCUGAACCCCCGCGUGCCCCCCAUCAUUGUGCUGGAGCAGCGGGAUCGGCACUGGCUCCCCAAGGACAAGAACCUAGUCAUGUGGCGCAACUGGGAAUCCUCCCGCCACAUUUGCAAGUCCCUGCUGGAGGCUAAAGCUCACACCCAAUUGGUUGACUUCGAUGCCCACCUUGAUGACAUCAGACAGGACUGGACCAAUCAGCACCUCAACACGGAGAUCGCCCGGCUGGUGUCUGUGGCCAAUGGCAGCGCCUGAGGGACCCUAUUGGCUGUAUUCUGAUUGGACUGCUUGGAACAAUGGCACAACCCCAUUCGCUGGCCCCAGUAAAGACUCAUCUGACUUUCA